GCAACGCUGCUCGAUUCAAUUUAAGUUCGCGCCCGCGGGUAUAAUUUACAGUCCGAGCAUUGCGUUACAAAACGCAAUGUGGCGAAGUCCCGGUUUUAACGAAGAAUUGCUAAAAAGAUAUGGGUGCCUCGAAGAUAUAUACAAUGCUAUGCGAAGCAAUGACUUAGCCGAUGUUGUUUAUACAGCCUUAGACGUAAUAAAGAAGACAGGCAGCGUGCCACUAUUGUUAACUGAAAAGAAAUCCGAUUCUAAGUCAACAGAGUUUCGACAGCUAGGCAACCAGGCUUACAAGAAAAAGAAAUACCAUGAGGCGCUCGUACUUUAUAAUAAGGCUCUAAAAUAUGCUCCAAACAAGUCCAAUGCAAUGAAAUUAGCUUUUAGUAAUAGAUCUGCUCUUUUUAUAACGGUGAAGGCUUAUUCGGCGUGUAUAGACGAUCUUGACAUUUGUUUCGGGAUGGGCUGUCCCCCGGAGAUCAAGUCUAAGCUGAACAAUAGAUAUGGGGAAGCUUUAGAAAACCUGGGGACGGAUGAGUGGCCGCCGGUGCAAAAAUUUGCUAAUGGUUAUUUUCAAAUGAUGGAUGAGCAACAAAAUCCACAGAUAUCUAGUGCUACGAUGGAUGUUGGGGUUAUAAUGGAAGACAACUGCCCCAAAAUAGUUGCCGCAAGAGAUGUCAAAGUGGGGACUGUACUGGCAGUUGAACCAGCCUUUGCUAUUGAUAUGAACUCUGAAAAUUUAAACAUAGCUUGUUACAAUUGCCAAAAACUUGAAUAUAACUUGAUUCCAUGUGAAGGAUGCUGCCAUGUCAUGUUUUGUGACACACUCUGUAUGAAAGAAGGUAUGGAGCAGUAUCAUUCAGUAGAAUGUAAGAUUAUAGACCUUUUUGAGACUACAGGGUGUACAGUGGAAUGUACAGAGAAAACCAGACUGGCUAUAAAAGCUGCAAUCAAAAUGAAAUCUCAGAGCACAUGGAAGAAGUUAAUUGACGAUUCAAAACUCUAUGGCAUGGAGCGAAUAAAGAAUAGUUCUAUAAAUGAAAUUUAUGACUUCCGGGAGAACUUGUCACUGCUAUGUUUUAAAGAGAACAGGAACUUUAUUUAUGGAACCAUGUAUAAUGCUAGUUUUAUUCUAGCAGCUGUACUGUACUACAUGGCUAAGACGAGUUUCUUGCCAUACGAUUACAAAGAAAGACAGGAAGCUAUCAAAUGUCUUGGUAGGGUUAUGAUGUAUCUAACAUUAUUUGGGACUCCUACGAUAAUACGUGACGCCGCUUCAAUUAACAACUCUUCGGAGAUUGAGUUUCAUGAUUGGGAGAACUUUGCGCUGUUCCCGCUGGUGGGCAAGCUGAGGAACUCCUGCAGGGCUAACACGCUGACAGUGGGGCUGAAUGACAAGGUGGCGCUUGUAGCCCUGGAGCCCAUUCCUCGAGGAACCGAGAUUACCAUUACUUACCUAGGUCAUUGGCUAGACAAGGGAGCAGACUGCAACUCGGUAAGAAACAGAAACAUGUACGUCCUCUACUCCUCCGUAUGCAACUGCAUCGUCUGCUCCGGCGACUGGCAACACCGAUGUGACACCCUCACGCCCACACAGCUGGCCUGCUACAAAAAACUCAAACUCCAAGAGAUUGACUUCAAUAAGAUAUCAACACCUUACAAGAAUAUAUGUAAGACCUUAUCUGAGUUACGUAAUGUGCCUUUUUCUGAAGAGUAUACUAAAGUAUAUAAGUCGUUGCGUGCGUGUAUUUUACAUUUGCAGCACCUAAACACGGAGAAUGUGGUUUUAGAAAAAGCGCGGGCGAAAGAAACAUGUGCCCACGUCAUAUGAUGGAAUAAAAGUGAAUUAUUUGUA